AUGAAGUCCAACUUCUCGACCAAGAAACAAAUGAAGAAGCCUUUGAGUAGGGCCACAUUGGAACCUGUGGGGUCUGAUUUCUCUUCAGGUGCCACUCUUGCUAAUGCCGGGGAGGUUCAGAAUGGUCCCAAUGGUGUUUUGGGUGGUGCCUGUGAGAGGUCUUGUAACAUGGAUUCUCUUGUAGAGGGCAGCUUGUUUCCGGUUGAUAAUACUAAUCUAGAAAAACUUGAAGAACUAUCAUCAGGGAAGGGUCCUUGGCCCAAGAUGGGAAAGAGACUGUCUGUCCUGGAUGACAACCGCCAUGCAACAUAUAACAUAUCUAGUCAAUCAGUUGAAAGACUAGACACAAUAUUCACAACAUUUGCGGACGAGCUCAGACAGCUGGUUGCUGCAUCCAAGCCAUUUGCCUCGGUUAAUGUCACUCACCCGCAACAAGCUAUUUCUCUUUGGAACUGUGUCGAGACUCAGAAUAAGGCUCCCAAACAGGCUGAACUGAAUCUGCCUCCUUCAAACUAUCAAAAUAAUGGUGAAUUUGGUGAUGGAAAGCAACUUCCAAAGAGUUCAGAAAUGUCAUCUUCAAGGGUGUGGGAAGUACGGUCAAGAACACAGAGUUCACAGCCAAGGUUAGUGCCAACAAGAAUAGAGAGCCCAAAGCCAAGGGAUAUGUCGCGAAGAACAGAAAGUCCAAAGCCAUGGGAUGUGCCACCAAGAACAGAAAAUCCAAAGCCUAGGAAAGUGUCGAGGACAGAGGCUAGUAUGCAGCAGUCCCUACCUAGUAAGCAGCUGGACAAUUAUACGCACGUUCCUCCAGGCGUCCCGAAUGGGAGAAACACUGGCAGUAAUUUGGUAAACGGUAGUAGAUCAGAGACUGCAUCAUCUGAUGGUUUUGGCCAAAUGGGUUACAGAGGAGGACCGCACUAUCCACCACAGGCACCAGGACAGGUUCUCACAGACCCAGUGGAGGCAAUGAGAAUAUCAGCAGCUGAAAGGGCUCAAAAGCCUACUUCAGCUGGCCAGUCCUCAACUGCCGAGGCUCUGCCAACUUCAAGGAGCGACUGCAGCAAUGCGGCCACAACUGUUGCCCGAGCAUGGAUGUCGAUAGGCGCAGCAGGUGGAGGCCUCAAGGCCCCACCAGCGGAGAAUUCUACUAGUAACACGAAAGGUCGGAUUUCUGCAGAGUCACUGAGGUCGGAUUUUCUCCUCAUUUAUUAG